AUGUCACUAUUAAAAGUUUUAUUUUGCGUCACGGGUAUAUACGUGUGUUUUCUAACUUGGGGAGUACUACAAGAACGUGUAUCCACAACACCAUACAACAAGAUAUCAAAUAACGAUAUUAACGAAUCAUCACUAAAACCAAAACAUUUUCGACACUUUAUCUUUCUAAACACGAUUCAAUCAUUCACUGCGUCGAUUGUAGCAUUAUGCCAUUUAAUUGGCACCGGAAAUAAAAGUAUUCUAAAAAAUAAUUUCAAGAACCCAGAUCUUCUAUUUCGAUAUCUCCAGGUGGCGUUUCUUCAAUCUGUUGGAUCACCGUUCGGCUAUCAAAGUUUGAAACACAUUGACUAUCCGACAAUGAUUCUAGGAAAAUCGUGUAAACUCGUGCCAGUAAUGUUAAUGAACGUCUUACUAUAUCGAAAAAGAUUUCCACUCUAUAAAUAUAUAGUGGUGUUUUUGAUCACGCUCGGUGUCUCGGGAUUCAUGUUGCUCCAACCAAUCUCGGAAAAGAAACGUGCAGGCGGAGCAGCCUCAAAUUCAAUAUACGGGAUUCUAUUACUCUCAGUGAGUCUGUUAGUGGAUGGCGUGACGAAUGCCACACAAGAUCAAAUAUUCCACAAGUAUAAAGUAACUGGGCAACAAAUGAUGUUGUCCAUGAAUUUGUUUGGGGGAUCACUGAUGCUUGGAUAUCUACUGAUUCCAUGGAACUCGGAACUUGGUAAUGCUGUGAACUUUUGUUUCGAGUAUCCGGCCGUGAUCAAAGACAUAAUGUUGUUUUCGUUAUGCGGUGCGUUAGGACAAUGUUUUAUUUUUUAUGCGUUGCAGAAUUUUGGGUCAUUUUUUUUGGUGACAGUCACUGUAACACGUAAAUUAUUCACUAUGUUGUUGUCGGUGUUUUGGUUUAAUCAUCAAUUGAGUUUUGGGCAGUGGGUGGCUGUUGCAUGUGUGUUUUCGGGUAUUGCUUUAGAAGCAUUUGUUAAGCAGUCGGAAAAAAGACGUUUGGAAAAGAACUUUGAGAUAAAGGAAAAAGAAAAGGGAUUGAGUAAUAAAAAUGGGUAUUACAAGAAACAAUCAUCCUCGUCCUCUGAAAAAGGGUCAACAAAAAUCGAAUAA